UGGCAAUUUGCAGUGGCAGUGUUUUUGUUUUCCGAACCCUUCUCCUCCUUUCGUCACCUCUCUUCCCUUUCCAAAACCUCUUUUUCAUUGAACUUCACGGUUAGGGUUUUGCCACCUUCCUUUUAUGUUCUCUCUCUCUACCUUGCUUUGAAUCUCUCUCUCUAGGGUUAGGGUUUUCGUUCUGCACUUUAUUCAUUUGGAGGCGAUUCCCUUGUUCGGAUCUCGAUCUACUUCUUCUCGCUGGAAUGGAUUUCCGCAAGCGAGGAAGACCCGAAGCUGCCGUUAACCUUAAUGGCACCGUUAAGAAGACCAAAUUAGAAAUGGAGUCGUUAUCAACUGGUGUAGGAAGCAAAUCGAAGCCAUGUACCAAGUUUUUCAGCACUGCUGGGUGCCCAUUUGGUGAGAGCUGCCACUUCUUGCAUUAUGUUCCUGGCGGUUAUAAUGCUGUUGCCCAGAUGAUGAAUCUAAAACCUGUUGCACCUCCACCAUCGAGGAAUAUUGCAGCCCCACCACCUGUCCCUAAUGGUUCUGCACUGUCUGCUGUUAAAACCCGCAUAUGUAACAAGUUCAAUACUGCUGAAGGCUGCAAAUUUGGUGACAAGUGCCAUUUUGCCCAUGGUGAAUGGGAACUUGGCAAACCUAUUGCCCCAUCAAUUGAUGACCAUCGUCCUUUGGGUCCUACAGCAGCCAGUCGUAUGUCUGGUCGAGUUGAGGCUCCUCCUGGUCUGGCUGCUAGCUUUGGUGCCAAUUCUACUGCGAAGAUCAGUGUAGAAGCUUCCCUGGCUGGAGCUAUCAUUGGGAAGGGUGGUGUGAACUCAAAGCAGAUCUGUCGCCAAACAGGAGCAAAACUUUCAAUACGAGAGCAUGAAUCUGAUCCAAAUCUCAGAAACAUCGAACUUGAGGGAAGCUUUGAACAGAUUAAGGAAGCAAGUAACAUGGUAAAGGAAUUACUUUUGACUAUAUCAAUGUCUGCCCCACCUAAAUCCACUCCAGGUAUUCCUGGGGCCCCUGCGCCCCCUGGAAGCAACUUCAAGACCAAGCUGUGUGAGAAUUUUGCGAAAGGAUCUUGCACCUUUGGAGAGAGAUGCCACUUUGCACAUGGAGCUGCUGAAUUGCGCAAGCCGGGGGUAUGAACAUCACCUUGAUUUCGUACAUUUUGUUUUUCCAUUUUGUAUUAGCCAGAGCUACUACUAUUAUUAUUGUUGUUGUUGUGCAUUGCUACUUAGUGUUACUGACAUGACUUCUGAUGUUAUAGGUUUGCUGAUUUAACUUUUUUUUGUCCAACGGUUUAAGUUUAUUUUCAAAGUUACUUUUUUGGGGU